CAUGUAGGAGUCUUCAGUGUGCAUGUGCAAAAGCCAGAAAGAUGAGAGAGCUUGAUACAGAAGGGCUUAUAGCAGAUAUCGACUCCACAACCUUGUCAUCUCACUUUGACUGCACAUCAAACUAGGCUGUGUGAGGGCACAAGCUUCAGCAAGGGGAGAGGGAACAGAGAGUGAGUGAGUGAGUGAAGGAGAGAGAGAUAGAGUGAGAGAGAGAGAGAGAGAGAGAGAAAGAGUAAACGCAAGGCUUUACAUGCACAUAUUCACACAGAACACCCUGAAUUCCCAAAGCCCGAGAGGGAGCCACAGAGAAAGCAAGGUCACUCUAGAGCAGAAAAAUCAAAGGUAUGUUACCUGAACACACACCAUGCACUGCUAAGAUGCUAGGUCAAUUUAAUUCAGAUAUUAUUCAAGACCAUUUUUUAUUCCAGAAUUUUUUUUUCUCUUUACACUUCUUUUUCUCAUCCAAGACUUUUUCCCAUGAUUUCCAGGUUGACCAGAAGUAAAGAUCCUUCUUGUUGUGGGAUUAAGGAAAUGGGAACUGUGGAUCAGGAAGUCCUGGUUUGAUUCAGAGGACACCAAAUUUGAUGAAAAAUUCUUGUGCCAGUUAAGGCAGAGCAACACCUUUAAUUAGUGAAAACAUGGAGAAACUCUCAGGCAAAGACAAGGAGCUGAUCCGGGACAGCUGGGAGAGCCUCGGCAAGAACAAAGUCCCUCACGGCAUCGUCAUGUUUACCAGGUUGUUUGAACUGGACCCAGCUCUGCUGAACCUCUUUAACUAUAAAACCAAGUGUGGAGUAGUGCCCGAGUGUCUGUCUAGCCCUGAGUUCCUGGAGCAUGUCACCAAGGUGAUGGUGGUGAUUGAUGCAGCUGUCAAUAAUCUCGAUGACCUGGAUUCUUUGGAGGAAUUUUUGUUGAACCUGGGCAUGAAGCACCAAGCUGUUGGCGUCAAAACCCAGUCCUUCGCUGUGGUUGGAGAGGCCCUGCUUUACAUGCUGCAGUGCAGUCUUGGAACAGGCUACACAGCUGCACUGCGCCAGGCUUGGCUCAACAUGUAUACUAUCGUGGUGGCUGCCAUGACCAGAGGUUGGGCAAAGAACGGAGAACACAAGUCCAACUAAGCAGUGGUAGAACAUAGAGAAAGAUUUAGCCUAAAGUUGGGCCAGAGACAACCUUGUAGUCAGUGCUUUGGGCCGAGUCGUGUGCUCACAUGCCAAGUAUCUCUAACAUAUGACAUCUGAUAUAUUUGUAGUUAAAGUGGUUAGAGAUGAUGAGUACUAUCGGUGCAAUAAUUUGUAGGUUUGAUCGUUUGAAAUACAGACAACACAAAGAUGAAACAGUUUAAGGCUGAGGCUUCACAACUGGAACUUGCCUUGUAUAUAAUGGCUUGAUGUGUCUCCAAUCUCUAAUGGCUGUUGUGCUGUUUUUGAUGUUUCUUACAUAAAUGUCAUGAAACAGAGAUUUGACUAUGCACCAUCAGCCUGUUCAACUUGGAGCAACAAUGGCUCGACUGUUUUGUCUCUUGAAACUAAAACCACAUCCCAAUC